UUCAUCCUAGCAGGUAAAUUCAGGAUGAAAGUGCCGAACUGCUUUCAAAGAGCCAUCUCUAAUUCCAAUAUAGGACUAUGGUGGAAAACAUAUCUGUUAUAUAUGGGUAAUCUGUUCCUGGUGACUGGUUACAUUGCUUUGCUGUUUUAUGCUCUCAUCUGGGAAGCUGGGAAUAUUGUCAGCCUUCCAACCAAAAGAAUUGGCUUCUACAACUUCUGCCUGUGGAACGAGGAAGCAGAAAAACUGGAUUGCCUUCUGUCCAAGGACUUAGAAAAGAUGGGCAUCAACAAAUUUGCGCUGUUCUUUUCCAGAGUUUGUGUCUAUUCCACACCAGUGUUGUGCCUUUAUGUUGCCACUGUCAUCUUGCAGGCCCUGUGCUUGAAAGACAAAGAUGGGUGGAAACUAGCCUGUACUGUAUUGGGUGUUUGUGCUUUGAGCUUGCCCGCUGGUCUCAGCUUGUUUCUCUUUGAGACUCAGAGGUGGGUUCAGAUCUCUGAACUUAGUGAGGCUUUUGCAGCCUUAGCUGGGGCUCAUGCCUUACUUUUGCUCCACAUGAUCAUUAUCGGCAUGUACCUGGCACGGCUCAAAGAUGCGCUUCCCCCGGGACAGCUAUUUCUAGUAAAGAGCAUUCUGUAUGUUUAA